ACAACCAUGGGGUCCCCACUCAUCACCUUCGAGUCGAUUGGUCGUUGCAGAGCUACAGGUGGGCCUUCGCACCCAAGCAGCGACGUAUGCUUCUCUUGGUCCAGCAGCUCCUUAGCACACCUCGAGCUCGCCAACAACUGCAUGCACCUGGGCGCAAGAAGUCAAUGAGUGCCCGCAUUGCUCAGUUCUCACCAUGAAGCCGUUAUCGAUCGCAACGGCCCUUUUCGGCAUCGUUUCGACUGUUCUGGCGGCCGAGCCACGCCAAUCUAAGGACAUCCUCCCUAAAGACUUCAAGCCGCCGCAAGUCUUCAAGAAUGCGAAUUUGGUACACAUCAUCUCAUUGGAAAAGAACUAUGCCAAGGAGCAGAUCAAUGCUGUCAUUGAGAAUGUGUCCCCCGAACUUCAGGACGAGUAUUACGUUCCGUUCACCGCGGACCAGCUAAGCCGAGUUGGAGGGUUCGAGGUCAAGGAUCGUAAAGACGCCGGCGCUGGGCGAUUCGUCGCAGACGUUGCAGAGUAUGAUCCAUUGAGUGAUGUCCAAUACUACCGCAUCCGACUGCCGACUCCUCUCAAGGCUGGCGGCCAACAAACUCUCGGCAUCUCGUUCUACUACCUCAGAGCCUACAAGGCCCUCCCCGCCUUGAUUGACCAGACCGACGAACAAUACCUGUCUUACGAAUUUUCCAUCUAUGCCCCCUCCGCAUACCCGACGUUGAAGCAGAAGACUGAGGUCAAGGCCGGAUCCGCGAAGAUUCCAGACUACACCAAACUGGCCGGCACAGGGGACGUCCCAGAAUACCCACAGAAGCAGGGUACAAAGUUGACGUACGGCCCGUUCGACGAGAAGCCCGCUGGCGCAUCUUCCCCGGCCACGGUCCGAUUCGAGUUCACCAAGCCAGUUAUCCACAUCUCAGCCCUGGAACGUGAUAUUGAGGUCAGCCAUUGGGGCGGAAACGUUGCUUUCGAGGAGCGCUACACAAUCCAGCACCUCGGCGCCAAUCUUUCGACUCAGUUCAACCGCGUGAAGUGGGCUCAGUCACAGUUCAUGAACCCCAACUCGCAUGCCCUGAAAGAGUUGCGCGUUCCUCUGCAGGUCGGAAGUGACGACGCUUAUUUCACCGACACAAUUGGCAAUGUGUCUACAUCCCAUUUCAGGAGCAAUAAGCGUGAGGCUGUUUUGGAACUGAAGCCGCGCUACCCCAUCUUUGGAGGGUGGAAGUACCCCUUCACCAUCGGAUGGAACUCGAAUGCCGCCAACUACUUGCGCAGGACCGCAACUGGUGGUUUCGUUUUCCGAACACCUUUCCUCGAGGGGCCCAAGCAAGCAGAGGGUGUCGAGUACGAGCACAUCGACCUUCGCGUCUUGCUGCCUGAGGGUGCACAGAACGUCAAGCUGCUCGCUGAUAUCCCCGAGUCUUCCAUCAUUGAGCACACUGUUGGUCUACAUAAGACCUACCUGGACACGAUUGGUCGGACUGCUGUGCACAUCAAGGCGCGGAACCUCGUGGACGAAUUCCGUGACCGCGAACUCAUCAUCACAUAUGACGUCUCGUCAAGCAUCACACUGAGGAAGCCAUUUAUCGUGUUCGCCAGCAUGCUGGCGGUUUUCACACUAGCUUGGGCGGUCGGCAAGAUUGACGUUGGGUUCUCGAAGACGAAGCAGGCGUGAAUUGAUGAAAAGAAGCCAUAGAUUUCCAGUUGCAAUGACAACGCUUUAGAUUGUCUUCAGGACAGGCGACGUAAUGGCACCCAUGCGACAUGCCAGGUGACUGUGAAUUUCUCCUGCCGACGACAACAUUGUGGCGAAGCGUUCUCAAUUUUGCCUUGUCGGUGGCUAGCUGCCAAUCGAGCCGCAAAUUAUGGUCCUCGGUGUUUUUUACGUAGCUCGCCUAUAAGGCGUCAAUUAUGCAUUUUGGUCGUAUUCGAAACUGGGUCGCCUAA